AUGGUUGCUCCAGGAAGCCAGUGGCCCGCCCUUUCAGGGGGGUUGCGCGAAAACUCUGCCAACCAAAACACCACCGACCGCGUUAUAGCAGCAAACCACGACGUCCAGCGGCUCUUAGAACAUGUCGAUAAGGGCGGCAAGGUCCCCCCAGUGGUAUUGGAGUACUUGAAGGUCAUUCGUGAGCUCACUGUCGACCUCCUGAAGAACCCCCUGGGUGUCGAAUGGCGACGGGAGCUCGCGGAAAUGAAACGAGAGACUAUUAUGGAGAUCCGUAAGGAGAUGCAUGGUGUCCGAAUUGCGACUGCGGCGAGUAAGACUAGCACUGAAUCAGGACCCCGACGCGUACUCUCGUAUGUCGAGGCCGUUAGGCGAGGCACAACGGCACCCGCCCACUUCCUCUCCGCUCACGGUUCUGACAGCACCCAGGCGGCUAGCCCCUCCGAGCUCUGGAAAGACCGUGAAAUCAUUGUCAAAUUGGGUGAUGCCGAUGGCAAUGCUCAUUUCCGAUCGAUGAAGAGCUCGGAGAUCAAGGACAGAGCUGAGAAGGCGAGGACUCGGGCUGCGACCGUGAGCCCUGUUUUGGCCGCCAUCCAGUUCGUGGCAGCUCGUCAGUUAAAGUCUGGAGAUAUCAGCCUAACGCUAAGAUCGGCCAAGGACGCUGAGGCUGCUCGAAUUCAUCGGGGCAAGUGGGUGCAGCAUCUGUAA